AUGACCGUUAAUAAAUUUGAUUCACGUCCAACCAGUCCGUCUGCUACUUCUGUAGAUACCAAACUCCAAUCUAACGUCGAUGACAGUUUAAAUAAAGGGUUUACUGAAAAACCGGUUGUAGUUCAAGACUUAACAGAAUUAAGUGACUUUGAAGAAGACGAUGAAGAUGAAGAUGAAGACGAUGAAGAUGAAGAUGAAGACGACGAUUUGCAGCUGAAUAAUAAAAGUCACAAAAGUAAAGGUGUAAAAUUUGCUAAAGAUGAUGAAGAAGACGAGCAGAGUGUUACUGUUGAUAAUACAGCUAAUAGUAAACCUAACAGAUCUAAAUCUUUUUUAAACAAUGAUGGUAUAGAUGAAUUGAAGCCAAUUACUAGAAAGCAUAGAGUUUCGUCUAUAAGUUUAACUGAUCAAUUGAGUAAUUCUUUGAUUAAACCGCUAACAUCAACUACAACCAAUACUAAUAGCAUGAUAUCCCAUGAGCGUGUUGCAUCUUAUGCUUUUGCAUUUGAUAUAGAUGGUGUUUUGAUUAGGGGUAAAGAAACCAUUCCUGAAGCUAGAAAGGCUUUGAAAAUGCUAAAUGGUGAAAAUAAAUAUAAUAUUAAAGUUCCUUAUAUUUUUAUUACCAAUGGCGGUGGUAGAAGUGAAAAGGCAAGAUGUAAGGAUUUAAGCUCAAGAUUGGGUAUUUCUAUCAGUGAAGACCAAGUUAUCCAGGGCCAUACGCCGAUGAAAGAUUUAGUACCUGUUUAUAAAAAUGUUCUUGUUGUUGGUGGUGUUUUGGAUAGUUGUAGAAAAGUUGCCUUGAAUUAUGGUUUUGAAAAUGUUUAUAUUCCACUAGAUAUUAUGAAAUGGAACCCUUGUGUUACUCCAUAUUACAUUUUAAGCGAUGAAGAACGUAAAAUUGCUUAUGACAAUGUUGAUUUUAGUAAAAUCCAUAUAGAUGCAAUUCUAGUCUUUGCCGAUUCUAGAAAUUGGGCUGCUGACCAACAAAUCAUUUUAGAAUUAUUAUUAAGCAAAAAUGGUGUAAUGGGUACCAUUAGCGAUACUUUUGAUGAGGGGCCCGCAUUGUAUUUUGCUCAUUCUGAUUUUGUUUGGGCUACUGAUUAUGGUUUAAGUAGAUAUGGUAUGGGUGCUUUGCAAGUUUCUAUUGCUGCCCUAUAUCAAGAGCAUUCUGGUAAAGAACUAAACGUUACCAGAUUUGGUAAGCCUCAAAGAGGUACUUUUAGAUUUGCUGAGAAAGUUUUAACCAAAUGGCGGAGAAAUACUUUGGAAUCUGAAUUUGAUAAAUUGAAACUCACUAGUACCGAACAGCCACCUUUGAAAGAGGAUGAGGGGGAAGAGGAAGUAGAGGAGGAAAUCACAAAUGAGACAGAUUCAUUAGAUGAUGACGAAGAUGACGAGGGUAUUGUUUUGGACUCUGCUAAGGAAUUGACUCUAGAUUUACCGCCUGCUUCAACCGUCUACUUUGUUGGAGACACUCCAGAAUCUGAUAUUAGAUUCGCUAAUUCACAUGAUAGUUCAUGGUACUCUAUUUUGGUUAAAACAGGUGUUUAUCAAGAUGGCUCAAUACCAAAGUAUAAGCCAAAGAAAAUUUGCGAAAACGUUUUGGAAGCCGUGACCUUUGCUAUAGAAAGGGAGCACGCUAAGGAGUUGGAAGAAUGGAAAGAUAACAAUAGUAGUAGGAGUAGUAGUAACUCUACAACUAAUACAAAUAAGCAUUUUACAAGUUAA